AUGGCGUCACCAGUCCUUUCCCGCACACCCUCUGCACAUUUCGCGCCUGGUCCGCAUAGACGCUCUCAUCCUAACCUCCAGAAUCUUCAUAGCCUCUCUCUUGCGCCUCUGACACCAAAGUAUCCGAUCGGUCCAGCAGAUUACGACGCCUACUAUGACCCCGUCACCAGCGAGCUACACACUAGCACCAGCCUCAGUCGCAUUGCAGCCCUGCCGAGCCCGGGUGGUAUCCUGAGCAACAGCCCAGCACACAGCAGAAGCGCAAGUAGGAACAGACUACGGCGGAAAGUCAAAAGUCAUGUAAACAUCUUUGAACCAGAGCGGGAACCAGAAAACCUGAAGGCUGGACAGGACGUUGUGGAUCACAAGCCUGUUCCCUCAACAACUAAAAGUCAGCCGCUACUAGGAAAACUACGCAUAAAUCAGACGCCCGACCCCUCAUGGCUGGUUCAAACGGGCCUCAGUCUCACGGAAAGCAGCAGGGAAACCAAAGGACAAAGUUGGAUAUCCAAAAGGGAUAGCUCUACAAGUCUGGUAAAUACCCCAGAAGGAUAUUUUGAUUCGCGUCGUCAGCGUGAAGGACGUACACCAAGGAGUGGCAGAGCAACACCCGCACGAAGCAGGGUAGGCAGUCGCAACGUCAGCAGGAAUCAGAGCCGAAGCAGACUCGGUAAGGAUUUGAAGAUGACAACAAGCACAAGUGUUGCGGGGGCAUCAGCAGCCACGCCUACUCCUGGUGCCAGUUUCGCUACUGCUCCGGACACAGACGAGCGGAUCCGAGAAGAGGACGAAGAUGACGACGUCGAUGUUGAGCCCAAUUGGGCGGAUCCCAAGACUCAGGCGGAAUUAGCAGCACAGUUACAGGAGGAGCUUGCUGCCGAGUACGAAGAGGACGAUGACGAUCCGUAUGGUAUGCUCGACUUCGAAGGACAGGGAACUAAUAGCGAGGACGAAGAGGAGGUGAGACAAGCCAUGAGGAAGUGGAGGGUCGGAGGAUGGAUGGACGGGGCUAUUGAGGCAUUGUUACUAGUAGAACCAGGCAGAGCAGAUGACGAGCCAGAGGAAGAACAGGGGGGACGACGGCGAGUGAGUAUCAGCGAGGACAGCGAGACUGACGUUGAAGAGCCACCGGAACAGGUCAGAGGGCUGUGGGACGAUAUAGCCUGGCUAGGAAGGCUUUUCAGGAGGCACGUAAUAUAA